AUGCGCGUAGGCGGCGCGCAUAAAUCAUUCCUGUUGGCCUUGAUUCUGUGGUUAACGGUCAUUGAGGCUAAGCGGACGAAGAAAGCCGGCAGCGCUGCGUUGCGACGAAUCAAUAGUUUGAUCAACGAGAGGAUUAACAAGUAGGUUUAUGGUUAACAUGUGAGGUGUGGGAGUAGUAGUAGUAGUAGUAGUAGUAGUAGCAGUAGUAGUAGAUGUAGUAGUAGCAGUAGUGAUAGUAGUAGUCGUAAUAGCAUCAGUAGUAAUAGUAAUAGCAGCAGUAGUAGUAGUGCUCCAUUUUGGACCUAUUCCAGAACCCUUCCCCAGUACGACACCCCGUUAGCCCCUCCACCAGCCCUGAAUCCCAAUGCUCGACGCCAUCCCGACGAACUCAGUGUCAAUGAUCCGGAAGACUUUUUCCAAGGAGACGUCGAGUUAUCAGAUGGACAAGCCAAAAUCAUCGAACAACAGCUCUUGGAAAAGUUGGGACGUGCCCCACAAAGCGACAAUCUACAACCCGACGGCGCUUCCCAACCCGACGACACUUCACAACUCGACGACACCGAAUUCAGCGACGACGACGUACACCAUGCAGUCACUACUGAUCGAAACAGACCCAACAAUUCGUCUUCAGACAGACCUAAAACCUCACAAAGCAACACCAAACGAUCGCGUCGCCAAAAGCGAAAGGUCGGCCGCGACAGCGUUUACAAACGAUGGGACGUGCGGAGACCGAUCAGUUACGAAUUUGCGGAAAGUAUUCCAGAACCCACCAGACGCCGAAUCCGCGAAGCCUUGGGGUUAUGGGAGCGCAACACCUGCAUCCGCUUCCUCGAGAACGGACCCGACGUGGAUCGCCUCGAGUUCUACGACGGUGGAGGGUGUUCGUCGUUUGUGGGAAGAGCGGGCGGCACCCAAGGCAUUUCCAUAUCAACACCGGGCUGCGACGUUGCCGGCAUCAUUGCGCACGAGGUCGGGCACGCGCUCGGCAUCUUCCACGAGCAAGCCCGACCCGAUCAAGACCGAAACAUCAAGGUCCACUAUGACAACAUCCCCGUCUCACGGUGGAACAACUUUUACCCCAUCGGCAACGACCAAGCCGACGUCCUUGGUCUACCAUAUGAUGCUGGCUCUGUAAUGCACUAUGGUUCUUCUGGUUUUGCCAUUAAUCCGUAUCAUGCCACCAUUUCGGUGUUAGAUUCAAAUUGGCAAAGCACUAUUGGUCAACGUGUGGGGCCAUCGUUUUUAGAUUAUCAAGCAGUACGUUUAAAAAACCGAUCGUAAAAUCUUUUCUAAUUUUUAGUAUUAUUCCACAAAUUACAUUACGGGCAACUGUGAAUAAACGUCGUUAAAAUAAGUGCAAUUUUAGAUAAACAAAGCCUAUAAAUGUACUAAUCAUUGUCCACCUUUACAAUGUAAAAAUGGUGGCUAUCCUAAUCCUCAAAACUGUAAAAAAUGUAAAUGUCCUACUGGUUUAGCCGGAACGUACUGUACUGACGUUCAAUUUUCUGUUUGUGGUGCAACGCUUAAGGUAAUUUUUUAAAAUAGUCAUAAGUUUUAUAAUAGUCCAAUCUUAUUAUUCUACAUUAAAAUUUUAUUUUUGUACUUUUUAGUACAAGAUUUAGUCGUUUUUGUCUUACUUUUUUCAAUUAUAGGCUUCAAAAACAAAACUUCGUAUAGAAUCUCCAAACUUUCCUUUACCAUUCCCUCAAGGCAUGGAUUGCAAUUGGCUAAUACAAGCUCCAAAAAGCGGAAAACUCUAUCUUCAGUUUAUCGAUAAUUUUGAAUACGAAUGUAUCGACACUUGUGAUGCUUCCUUCAUUGAGAUCAAACUAAAAAAAGACUUCAGAAUGACGGGUUAUCGUUAUUGUUGUAGCCAACCCCCAGCCCAAACAUUAGUCGCUGACGGUGAGCAAAUGAUAGUUAUGCACAAAGGUAUGGGUCAGGUAUCCUCAGGCUUUAGAGCUUUAGUUUGGUCAGACAAAGAUCCUGAUAAUACUGUAGAAUCUAUGCUACCGACAUUUACUCGACUCUCAACACAAGCGCCAGUUUUUACUCCACCUCCUGUUACUACAAUUCCAUUUACUACUACAAAAAUUACAACUACUACUACCACAUCAAGACCUAUUUUGGAAAUGAUUGAAGAAGUAGAGUUAAAGCCUGAAGUUGUUACUCCGCGUAGAACGACAACUUUAGCUACAACAACUACUACCGAGAAUAUGUUAACAGAAGUCUAUGAAAAGAAGACAACAAUUUCUUUGUUGCCAGGUGAAAUCGAUGCUUUCUUUGGCGGAGCUUUAGGCCCUGAAGAUAAUUUGGGUGAGAAAUCUGAAAUCGAAGAGGAAAAUAAAGAAACAGAAUUUACGUUGUUUCCUACUUUGAUUCCUACAUUGCCAAACUUCUUGGGUACAACUACACCAACAACGCCGUCUAUUCAAGGUUUUUCUACACCUGAACCGGAAGAAGUCACUCCUCCUGACGGUAUGUUAAUGUUUUGUUAUUUUUGUUGGAACCCAGUCAAAAAACAAGUGAAUGAAACUUUGAGCCGACCUCAUUUUUUCCACUGUUUAAAAUAUAAUAAAAGUUUGAUUCUUUUAUCAUAAUUUUCAACCUUUCUUGAUAACAAAGUCAACUUUUUGUGACGUGUGGUGCCACACAAAAAUUGAAACCAAAAAUUGCCAUAACGCUUCACACUUGACUUUUAAUACGUUUCAGCCGUCGAAUGCGCGUGCGGUCCUUGGUCCGAGUGGCUGGGCGCUUGUUCACAAAUGUGUGGCGGUUGCGGUAAGCGUACUCGUAUGAGACCAUGUCGUUCCGAAAAGUGUCGCCGCGAAGAGAAACGAACAUGCAAUUUUGACGUGUGUCCCAAAGGAACAAACUUUUUGUGGACGAAUGGCGAAUUCCAUUUUCUGUUUGAUGGUUGUUGUUUUGGCAGUUUUAAUAACGGAAAUGGAGUUUGCAGUGGGAUCGAGCAGGAGAAGAACGGCGGCGUUGUGCAAUUACUGUUGAAUUUGUUGAAAGCUGGCGAUGAGCCGACUGGUAAACAGCCUUUUAUACCUGAUUAA